AUGAUAAUAUUAAUUAAUAAAGAAAAUUCUGAAGAGGAAGAAUAUGAAGAAGAAGAAGUUGAGGAAGUAGAAGAAGAAGUUGAAGAAGAAAUUAAAGAUAGUGAACCAAAAAAGGUUGAAACAAUCGAACAUGAAGAUGAAGAAGCAAAAACUUCACAAAAAGUACGAAAGAAUUUAAAAGAUUAUGAAAUUGAUGAUGCUAAUAUGACUGAGGGAGAAAAAGCAAUGUUAGCAGCUAAACGUCGUCAAGAAGAAGAAGACAAAGCUAAAGUACUAGAAUAUGAAGAAAAAAGAAGAAUUGAACGUGAACGUGAAGAAGAAGAAUUACGUAAACUAAAAGAAAAACAAGAACGUAGACGUCUUGAACGUGAAGCUGAGGAAAAAGAGGCUGCUGAAAAAUUAAGACUUGCUGAGGAAAGACGUAGACAAGAAGAAGAAGAAAGAAGAGCACGUAUGGAAGCUGAAAAAAAGAAAAAAGAAGAAGAAGCUAAACGUAGAGCUCAAAUGAUGGGUGGUAGUUUUGCUGCAGCAACUUCUGGUUCUGGAGGCAGAAAUUUUGUCAUCCCAGAAAAAAAAGAAAAAUCUGCUGAUAAGUUUGGAAAUAUUGUUCAAGCAAAACAAGAAAUGGGCAUGACUAAAGAACAACAAGAAGAAGCUAAACGCAAUUACAUGUAUACCAUUAGUAAAGGUCUUGAUUUGUCAAAUGUUCUUUCAUCUGAUCUUAAAGAAAAAAUCAAAAUUCUUCAUCAAAGAAUCUGUAAAUUGGAAGUUGAAAAGUAUGAUUUAGAGAAAAGACAUGAAAGACAAGUUUAUGACUUAAAAGAGUUAAAUGAACGUCAAAGACAAGUUGCUAGAAAUUCCGCCUUAAAAAAAGGUGUUGAUCCAUCUGAUGCUGGUGGUAGACAUCCACCAAAAGUUUGUAUCUCUUCAAAAUAUGAUAGACAAACUGAUAGAAGAACAUUCAAGGAAAAAAGAGCAAUGUUUGAUAAUAAAACUGCUUAUCCAUGUUUCCCUAAUAUUCCUCCACCACCAACAAUAUUAGAAAAAAGAAUAAAACCAGAAAUGGGGGAAGAGGAAGGAAAAGAGUAUCAUGAAGGAGAAUAUGGUGAAGAUGAAGAGGAAUAUGAAGAGGAAGAAGAAUAA